AUGUCCGAUUCUCUGGCCUUCAUCACUGGCACCUCUGGCUUCAUUGGUGCACAGGUUCUGGCGCUUGCUCUGGAGGAGGGCUAUCGUGCGCGCCUAAGUGUGCGGCGUGAGGCCCAAAUUGCCGACAUUCGUUCGCGGUACCCAGACCACGCCAGCAAGCUCGAGUUUGUUGUCAUCCCUGAUCUCACCGACCUUUCCGCGCUCAAAGAUGCAUUGAAGGGUGUCGAGUACAUCAUCCACGUGGCGUCGCCGAUGCCCAGUCAGACGGCGACCGACCUGAAGAAGGACUACGUCGACCCGGCUGUCAAAAACACGACGAAUGUUUUAGACGCCGCGGCUGUGACGCCUACUGUGAAGCGUGUAGUGAUCACCGCAUCGGCUCUGUCGGUUAUUCCGCAGGGUGGUCUCGCCAAGCCAGGAGUUGUGGCAGAGGAGGGAACGAACCGCAACUGGAAGCUCGAUGAAGACACUGCCAACGCAGACCCUUCCGGUUUUGACAAGUACUACAUCUCAAAGCUUCUUGCGCACCGCGCAACAUUGGACUGGGCUGAGGCUCACAAGAGCAGCAGCCUUGAGGUUGCUUCGGUGCUGCCUAGCUUCGUCAUCGGAACUGAUCUGACGCAAAAGGGACUGACUUUGCAAGGAGUGAACGGAUACUUCUGGACCUCGCUCGGGCUGGAGAAGCUGCUAAUUCUACCCAUGGUGGUAGAUGUGCGCGAUGUUGCAGCUAUUCACGUGCGUGCUCUGAAGAUGAAAGCGCUGACACCCGGAGCGGUCACGGAGUUCAUCGCUGAUGGGCAUCACACGACAUGGGAAGAGAUUCUCGGCUUCCUUAAGAGCAAGUACCCAUCGGUAGAGAUUAAACUGGUGGCGCCGUUCCCAGAGGCGAUUCUGUCAGACACAACUCGGGCUGAACGUGACCUUGGCAUUAAGUGGCACGCUGUGAGCGACCUGGUUAGCAGUGUUAUGGACCAGCAGCUGGAAAAGCAGGCCAAGGUAUAG